CUGCACGCGCAUUGUGGAAACUCUCUCCUCGUGGAACAAUUCCGUGAUGAGCGCGUAUAGGCUGGUGGACUUACCCCCCAUGACUACAUCCGUUGCCAUGGUGAGAGAGUCUGUCUACCCAUUCCCCACAGUGGAUGUGCCUGAUCAUGCUCAUUACACUAUCGGCGCUGUCAUCCUUGCAGUUGGCAUCACUGGCAUGGUGGGCAACUUUCUGGUCAUCUAUGCCUUCAGCAGGAGCCGUACACUGAGGACACCUGCUAACUUGUUUAUAAUAAAUCUAGCCAUCACAGACUUCCUCAUGUGUGCCACCCAGGCGCCUAUCUUUUUUACCACUAGCAUGCACAAGAGAUGGAUCUUUGGAGAGAAAGGUUGUGAGCUGUAUGCAUUCUGUGGGGCUUUAUUCGGUAUCUGCUCCAUGAUCACACUCAUGGUCAUCGCAAUUGAUCGAUACUUUGUGAUCACGCGGCCUCUAGCCUCCAUCGGAGUGUUGUCUCAGAAGAGAGCUUUUCUGAUACUUUUGGUAGCCUGGGCUUAUUCACUUGGUUGGAGCCUGCCACCCUUCUUUGGUUGGAGUGCUUAUGUUCCUGAAGGGUUGUUGACAUCUUGCACCUGGGAUUAUAUGACCUUCACACCCUCUGUGCGAGCUUACACCAUGGUCCUCUUCACCUUCGUCUUUUUCAUUCCACUAAUUGUCGUCAUCUACUGCUAUUUUUUCAUCUUUCGUGCCAUUCGUAGUACUAAUAAAGCUGUGGGCAAAAUUAAUGGGGAUAACAAGAGAGACUCAAUUAAAAGAUUCCAACAACUGAAAAAUGAAUGGAAGAUGGCGAAAGUCGCUCUUAUAGUUAUUCUCAUGUAUGUCAUCUCUUGGUCUCCAUAUUCGACUGUGGCACUAACAGCCUUUGCUGGGUAUGCUGACAUACUCACACCAUAUAUGAAUUCAGUACCUGCGGUGAUAGCCAAAGCUUCAGCCAUUCACAAUCCUAUCAUCUACGCCAUCACACACCCCAAAUACAGGCUGGCCAUAGCAAAAUACAUUCCAUGUCUUCGCCUGCUGUUGUGCGUUCCCAAGCGUGAUCUCCACUCAUUCCACAGUAGCAUAAUGUCCACACGUCGUUCCACUGUCACGAGCCAGUCCUCGGAUAUGUCCGGAUAUUUCCGCAGAACCAGCACCGGCAAGUCCCGGCUAUCCUCCGCCUCUGACAGUGAAUCUGGCUGGACAGACACUGAGGCUGAUCUCUCGAGCAUGGGCUCCAGGCCAGCCAGUCGGCAGGUGUCAUGUGACAUAAGCAAGGACACCACUGAGCUCCCAGAUUUCAAACCAUCUAACUCAUCCAGCUUCAAGUCUAAACUCAAAUGUCAUGACUCCGGUAUCUUUGAAAAGAGCUCCCCUGAUGUUGAUGAGAUGUCUGUGGUUGGACUCAGUCAUCCUGACUCUACUGUCCCUCUAGCUGCUGGUGACAGUACAGAAGUGUCAGUUUCAAGAGGUACGAUUGGUCGGAUCCCCAGCAUUGUUAUCACUUCUGAGUCCAACACUUUGAUACCCUUAGUAAGGCCUAGCUGCAGAAGAAGCCGCUCAAGUUUGUUCAGUGGCAGUGUUGGUGCAAAUCCCUUCAGCAGAGACUCUCGAGGAGAGGUCCAGCAGGGGGAGGUACAUCUCUUCACUGCUCCUGAAACACCCAAGCUCCCACUAUUAGAAAACCCUUGCCCUCAAUAACUCUUCUUAAAAGCUUAUGCUGCCUUCAUGUGCUAUCGGAAUAAUCCUACUUCCCACUUCUGAAGUGGUAAUUACAAGUAUGUCAUGUUCACGUUCUUUGUUGUCAGAAAGAACCGGAAACAUGGACAAUGGCAGGUUCA